GUUGUCUUAAUAAGAUUGGUUUGUCUUAUUUGUAAACCACAAAUGAUUGGUAGACCUUUUCAAAACAAUUCCCCCACAGCAACCCUUGAACUAUAUUUAAGUCCUCAUAUCUUAGCAAAACACUUUGCCUGAGAGACUUCGUCAGUUUAUGAUCACGAUUUUGGCUUUUUAUAAAAUUAGCUUGUCUUUAUCAACCUGUUUACAAUGUUUUUCUAUCCAACUGUGCUAAAUCAUCGGUCCGGUUGCUUUGCUACAAUAUGGUUGGCAGCCACAAAAGGAAGAAAAAUCAGUCGACGAGAUCUGCUCAAAGUUAAUGUUCACCGCACCUGCACUGACAUCAUGGAUUACGUAUUGGUCAGAGUCCCGCCCCCCGCGUUCGGACUGCCCCGCCCCCGUUUCUCUCUGUAUCUCUCCUCUCAGCUGCAGUAUGGAGUGGUGCUCGUCUAUCACAGACAGUGUGAAUUUUUGUUAGAGGAUACCCAGGGAGCAAUUGACAGACUGCUCCGCCUCAGCCAAAAGGCAAAGAUUGAUUUGAUGGAUAAAGACACCAGGCAGAGUCACAUGUUGCCUGAUGCCCUUUCGCUGUUAGAUGAGACAGAAUGGGCGAGGGAUCCCUUCUUUGGAGUUAUGGACACCGGAUAUGGCCUGCCAAGCCCAAGCAGCCUCAUUCAGAUGGCUCAGCGAAUGGAAGAGGUGCAUGCCUCACCAGUGCAUGCCCCACCAACAAGAGAACCAACACCACCCUCAGAUGGCAUCACAGCCAGCCAGGAGUUGAUCACUUUGACUGAAAGAGCACCAGUUAUAAUGUCUGAACCAGAGUUUGAAGGAGAAGAACUACAAGAGUCUAACAUGAUCGACUUUUUGCUGGAACAGACAGAUUUUUUUCCUGAAGGUGAACAAAUAGGAGAGGAAGAGAGACCAUGGGAAACAGAGAAAGAGCAAAUAGAGGAAGAGGCAGAAGAGGUCAGAGAGCCGGAGGUUCCUGAUGAGAGAGAGCAAGAAAGGGCAGUGCUGGAAAGAGAACUAACACCAUCCGUCUCUCUAGAGCUGGCUCAAAUCACUGGCUUAUCAAGCAGGGAUGUUGUCCUACUGCCUGAGGAAGAUUUGAGUGUGCCCAUGGAGAUGCCUGUUUUAGAAGAAAGAGAAAAGACCCCGGAAUAUGUGCCUGUAACUUUACCAUCCCCUCUGCUUGAUGAGGAACAAGAAACAGGUAUCGAGCCCAGGCGAGAGAAGAGGGUCCGAGAGGAGAGCCCUAGUCUUGAGCCUGCCACAGCGAGCCCUGAAUCACCUGAGGUGAAGAGGAAAAGGAGGAGACAGCUGUUGUUCAUUGAUAAAGAUUUAGUGAUAUCUCAGGAGGAAAUGAAGGCCCAGAUUGGUGAUGUGAAAAAAGAUACAGUGCCAUUGGCGGAUGUUCUUAUCAAACUACCAUUGACGCCGGACCCAAAAACACUGCUCGUAAAACCCUGCAUGAGCCUUCCAUCUGAAAUCCUGAUGCUAUGGAACCAAGCAGCGGUCAUAAAGCCCAUUCUUCCAUCCAAACCCCAUAGGGUGGUUCCAGUAGCAGAGGAGAUACAAGAGAAAGAGGAACAAAGAGAAGAACUGAGAGCGCUAGAGCAGGAAAGAGAACUUAGCUCAAAGGAGAUUCCCAGAGAAAUGGUAGAGUCUGACCUCUUCCAGCAAGAAACUCCAGCCUCUUCUGUGGUUUUGGAGACGACAACUGAUAAGGAUAUUUCUCCACUUGAGACACCUGAAAUUAGACGAUCGCCUGUUUCAGCAAUUCAGUACACUCUAGAGGACAUCCCAGAAGAGAGGGUUCCUGAAAUGAGACAGGUUACAAUGGAUAUUGAUGAAUCUUUGAGGCCACCGGCUCCUACUGAAGAUUUGGUUACCUUCCACUCUCUGCUGCCCCCUCAGGCUAGCCGAAGAGUUGUAGCCCAAAUGUUUUGGGAACUGCUAGAAAAAACAGUCGCAAAGCAGGUCAUAGUGCAACAGGAUGAGCCUUAUGGUGACAUCAUCAUUUCACAGGAACAGCAGUCACUGAUUGAAUGAAAGCUGGUGAUGAUCUGCCUUUAUUCUCGGGGAAAAAAAACAGGAAUGGUAGGAUAUUUUCAUGUCACUUAUUAAAUAAGUGUUCAGUGUUUUAUUUUAGAAAAAAAAACACACACACAACCGAGUUCUUAAGUUGUGGUGACUUUUUAUUUAUUGUAUAACACACACAACCGAGUUCUUAAGUUGUGGUGACUUUUAAUUUAUUGUAUAACUAAAAGCUUUAUUUUUGGUUGUAUUUGUUGGUAGUAUAUUUUAUACUCCAUG